AUGGAUGGGGAGGGUAUGCCACUCCUUCCGGACAUCACCGACACGAAACUUGAGGAGAAGAAGGCCAUAGUGAGGGCCUUUCUUACAUCGCACUAUCGGAUAUGUUCCGGGAAGGACAAGGUGGUUGUGCCAUGGAGUGCCAUUGUACAAAGUCAGGAUGACUUCGUGGCCCGGACGUAUCUUCCGGCGGAUGUUGACUUGAAGGAGCCUUCGAAGCUGCAAAAUUGGGACACGACUGCCUUGCUCCAUUUCUGGCGUGCUCGGCAGGAAACAGGCGAAGGUCCCACAUUUCUGUUCAAAGCAUGGAAGAACAAUGAUGGGGACAUGGUACCAUCUGUCAUAUCUGGCAAGUCGCCCUCUCCUCAGACUCGUAUAGUGAGAAAGCAGCAGAGGGUUACCAUCCGAAGGCCUCGGGAUUCGUCGACAGAAGCCGAGAGUGAUAAGGAGAGUGCCACUAAUCAUACCGAGGAUGAUGUGGAUGAUGACUUGGCUGACGGGAGACAUCCGCUGAAGAAACCCAGGACAGGAGGUCCUACACCCAAAGGGACGGCAGUCCCACGUGCAAUUCCAAAGCCUCGCCCGGCCAAGCCAGCCAAAAAAGGUGCAUUACUGACAUCGCGAAUGGGCGACCUCCUUGCUGGGUUAACUGAAGACGCACCAGCGAGGUUAGAGAUGAUGUUGAAAUGGAAGAGAGUAUCACGCUGCCGGCACAGAAAAGGAGGCGGGGCAAGAGAGUCACGGUUGAAACCAUCCACAAGGACGACCCGGAGUAAGUUGCAAAAUGCCAGUAGACAGUACACCUAG